AGGUAAGUACCUACUUCGAUUUUUUUCUCACAGUACAGUGGGGAGGGGGGGGCGGUAAUGAAAAUUAGAGACCUGCACCUUCAAAUUUAUAGGGCCCCCUUAGGAAGGAAAUACAAAAAAAGACCUGUAGAAAAGUAUUUAAGGAUCGUACUCAGAAAUAUUCGUAUUCGAAUUUUGGUUCUUCAAUUUUAAAAAUUGUUCAGAAUUUUGAUUAAAACGAAAUUUCCUUAUGUUCAAGAGUGUUAAAAUCUCAUUUUGUUAAAAAAAAAAAAAAAACAACACACAGUAAAGGGAACUUUUUAGGGCCUUUUCAAAUUUUAAACAAUAUAAAAAUCCAAAAAUGAAAAAAAAAUCUUCUAUUUUUCUUAUUUUCAAAAAUUGAUUCUCGAAAUAGCAAUAAUUUUUAGAUUGUUAUAUGUAGGUACUUUGGGAUUUUUUUCACUGACAUGUAUUUUAAUGGAAAUUUUUCUGCUGUGCGUUUACAGGAAAAACAAAUCAUUCCGACCUUGAGAUAAAGGUAAAAAAGGCUUGAAAAAUUUACAAAGUGUUAAAACGCUGGCUGGUCGUACGCAAAGCUACAGCAAUACUUUGAGUAGUAAAGCUCGUAAACAGCCUUUGACCAUUUCGGCGCAGUUCCAGUUAUCAUUACAUAGCCUGAUGGAGACCCUUAAUCAGGCUAAUCCGUUUUUCAUCAGAUGUAUCAAAAGUAACGGAGAAAAGAUACCGAAUCUCUUUGAUGAAGAUACUGUCCAAAGACUGCUCUGCUAUACCGGAAUGUUGGAAACUGUUCGUAUUAGACAAGCUGGAUACAACGUUCGGUUAUUGUAUGAAGAAUUCAUCCAUCUGUAUAGGAUAUUGCUGCCUAAAGGAUUAUUGAGUUCUCAAAGCGACGUUAGAGAUUUCUUGUUGAUGUUGAACCUGAAUCGUGAUAAUUACCAAUUAGGAAGUACCAAGAUCUUUAUGAGAGAAUGUGAAAAACUCAAGCUCGAUUAUCGUCUCCAUCAACAAAUCAUGGCUAGCAUCGUCGUACUCCAGAGAUGGUUUAGGGUAUUGAUCGAAAGAAGACGAUUUUUAAGACUCAGAGAUGCUGUUACCACGUUACAGUCUUGGUGGAGAAUGGUCAGUGCCCAGAAACUCGCUAACAAAAUGAGAAAUUGUAACGCCGCAGCCGCAUGUAUACAGUCGAUGUGGAGGACUCAUAAGACUUCUACGUGGUAUAGGAAACUUCGAACUGGCGUUGUUAAUUUCCAAGCUCAUGCUAGAGGAUAUUUGACCAGAUGUAAGAUUAGAGAGCAACAAGAACAAAUGGGUAAAGUAGCUAAAAGUAAAAGUAGUAUUACGGCGAAGGAUUCAGUAUUAUCGAAAGAAUCCAGUCAGGAAGAUUUUGAAUUACCUACCGAUACCGAAUCUCCGCCGGAAAGCGAAUCCGGAUCUUUCGAACGUGAUUUCGCCGAAGAAAUGGCAUUACUGCACAGCGUGGUUCGUAAUCGAAAAUACACAAAAUUCAACAUUUUGGAAUGAUACAUCAACAUCUGAUUAGCAAACUGAAAUGUAUCUGGACUUCUAGAGCAGUUUCCAGCGAGUACUAUGCUACUUCUGUGGAAAGAAUUGAAAAAAAUAAUCAGACAAGUACGAGGUAAAGAGAAUAUGUUCGGUUACAAGACUACAACGGCCAAUCAGCUCUAUCUGCUGUACUGUUUCACUGGCGAAAUAUACUCCAGCGAUAAAAUCCAUCGUCAAGUAAAAUAUUUUUGGUUUAUUCCGCUCACAUUUGAAAUUUCAGUAUGCUAUUUUGCAGUGAUCACUAAUUUAUGGUACGGCACUAAGAAAGACCUGAUGAUGAUGUUUGACACGAUGAAUUUACUAGGAGUUUGCAAUAUGUCAGUUUGUAUUCUUCCUUUGAUUUCGUAUUGGUUUUGCGAAGAUAUAAAAGCUAUGAUAGCAGGGGUUGAUGAAAUUUGUGCAUUAAGAUCAAUCUCACACGAGUACAAUAAGAAACGAAAAAAAGGUAUCAUAAACGUAAAAAAAAUCAUCUUAACAAAUGCGGGUAUUUUUUUCUUUAGCUUUCUGGUAACUUUCGUGUACUUAUUCGAAGCUUGGAUGUUUUUCGAUGAGUGGAAAAUGAACAGUCGUUUUUAUUACACUUUAUCCGUGCCUCUAGCUGAACGUUAUCGAAAUCAGACAAAUUUUUUCCUUUUCAAUGGUUUGACGAGUUUGGUUAUCGUGCAAUUAUUCUGUCGAUGUUUUUCAACAUUAGCUUUCAUGUUGUAUUGGAGUAUGACGUGCCAUAAUGAACUUGUUCGGGCUGCUGAUGAGAUGAAUAUUAUUUUAAACAAUUUGAACGCUUGUAUCGACGAGGAAGAUAAUCCUACAGAGGUUUGGAAUCGAAGACUAAUUCAAGUGUUGAUACGUUACGUCCAACGGUUACAGAAAAUCUCAACGAUAAUCGAUCAUUUCAGAGGAUUCUAUCAAGUGAUCUGCUCCAUCACAGUACCCACAUCCUUUUUUGUUGUAGUAGCCCAACUUCAUGUUGCCGUAACCGGAAAUUUACCAGUUGUUUUAGUAUUAAAGACGAUGGCAACCUGCCUCGGCACUAUUUGGGCCAUAUUUCUUUCAUAUUGGGCAGCACAGAUAUUGGAAAACUCUGCAUCCGUGCUAUCAUUGGCUGUCUAUUCUACUCCUUGGUACAGAUCUGUUAAACUCCGAAAAACUAUUUACAUAUUUUUAUGUCAAACUCAAAGUAUCAAGAAUUUAAGAAUGACCAAUGUGUUUUCGUUGCUGAUGCAAAAUUUCUCGAGAUAUUUGCAUGGAAUUUUGUCCUGUACGAAUGCUCUUCGAAAACUGACAUAAAAAUCACUCCACACAGCUUGAUAGAUCAAUUCAUUUACAUAGUUAAAUAUGGCGUAUUUUUACGCAAAUUGGUACCUCGAUUUUAAGGGUAAAAUUUAUCUGCAAAGAGAUGAUUUAUGUAAAUUUAAGUAUUGUUAGUUGAAGAAAAAAUAAAAUGUUUAAGUAUGUACAUUGUACUCUCUAAAUUUGAAACAGUCAAAUUUCACUGCUUAGCAGUCACG